AUGAAGAAGACUUACGACAGCAGCAAAAAGAUAAGUAGAUGUGUGACAGGAGGUGCAAUUUUAUUAUUUGGGUACAUGGUGGCAGUGAUGCACCUGUGGCGAAUGAAUGGGAUUGUUUAUUUUUUCUGGUUGAUCAUGAAGAAGCCUGUGUAUAUAAUUGAUGUAAAUUGGGCAGUUUUAUUGCUUGUGAAUGUUUUCACGUACAUGCAUUAUAUGCUUAUUAGGUUAUGGACUAAAAAUAGGAUAAAUCACAUAGGAAUAUUCUUGUGCCAAUUUAUCAUUGUAAAUGGGCUUAUUGGGGUCUUGGUGUUUAUGAGUGGGCGGGUGCAUGGGGAGAUGCAGCAAAGUGCAAUGGGCCAUAUUUUCAUGCAGUCCAUGAUAGUUGCAUCGAUCCUGUACAAAGAUAUAACACAAAUAGAUGCAGACUACUUCAGGGAUUGUGGCUUAAUUAGGCAUAUUAUCUGGCAGAUUAGGAUCGACCGAGUGGUUGGUCUUGUCUUAGGGUUUGCUGCUGAGGUUUGGUGCCUGGGUCUAUUUGGUGUCUCAUUCAUGCAAGGGAUAGGGUGUGCAUUUGAUGGAUUAUUAGCAUAUAUCCUUCUGGCUGCAAUUAUUCAUGCUUACGUAUACAAUAUAAACCACUUUACGCGGGAUGUAGAAAUUCUUUCUGAGAAAAACCGUUAUUUCAGCUUGGAGAACUACAUUGUGCUCAGGAACUAUGAGGAAACCUCAAAUGACAAAGGAUGCGGCCUGCAUAAUAGUGAGAUUAUAAUGGGAUACAUAUUAGACCUACUGGAAGAGACAAGCAAGAUGGUGGCUGCUGUGACAAAGCAGCAGAGAACCCGUGAGAUCGUAAUUUCACAGAAAUCCACAAAGAAGCUGCCUCAGAUUCUGUUAUUUGAGGGAAGAAAGAAUCUCUCAAUUCUGAAGGAUGACAUAUCUGCAAAUAUCUCGCACAAAAUAUAUUUCUACCUGUACAGCAGGACAAUCUACAACAGGGCCCUUGUGAGUGUCAAUGGCUCCCGGGAAAUUGUCAAGAAAUUAGCCCGAGUUAUUUGGCGCAUGGAAGUAAGCCAGAGAAAGAAACUUCUGGCCGCAAUUGAUGCUGUGCAAAGUGAAAUCAAAGGAAUAGUGGCAUUUAACACGGAAGAACUCUCAAAUGCCCUAAGCAUCUGGUCAUUCCAGCUUACCACAUGA